AUGACCCUUGCAAUUCCAUCUGCCGUCGUUGGCAACACCGACCUGAGCUGCCAUCUUCUGGUGGCUGGUGGAAAUAAUUCCUCAUUGCAGCACCUCUGGGGAGCAGAGGAUAGUCAACAAGUAACAGAGGCAGAGGAUAGUCAACAAGUAACAGGAGCAGAGGAUAGUCAACAAGUAACAGAGGCAGAGGAUAGUCAACAAGUAACAGGAGCAGAGGAUAGUCAACAAGUAACAGGAGCAGAGGAUAGUCAACAAGUAACAGGAGCAGAGGAUAGUCAACAAGUAACAGAGGCAGAGGAUAGUCAACAAGUAACAGGAGCAGAGGAUAGUCAACAUUUAACAGGAGCAGAGGAUAGUCAACAAGUAACAGGAGCAGAGGAUAGUCAACAUUUAACAGGAGCAGAGGAUAGUCAACAAGUAACAGGAGCAGAGGAUAGUCAACAAGUAACAGGAGCAGAGGAUAGUCAGCAUAUAACGGGAGCAGAGGAUAGUCAACAAGUAACAGGAGCAGAGGAUAGUCAACAAGUAACAGGAGCAGAGGAUAGUCAACAAGUAACAGGAGCAGAGGAUAGUCAACAAGUAACAGGAGCAGAGGAUAAGGAUAGUCAACAAGUAACAGGAGCAGAGGAUAGUCAACAAGUAACAGGGGCAGAGGAUAGUCAACAAGUAACAGGAGCAGAGGAUAGUCAACAAGUAACAGAGGCAGAGGAUAGUCAACAAGUAACAGGAGCAGAGGAUAGUCAACAAGUAACAGGGGCAGAGGAUAGUCAACAAGUAACAGGAGCAGAGGAUAGUCAACAUUUAACUGGAGCAGAGGAUAGUCAACAAGUAACAGGGGCAGAGGAUAGUCAACAAGUAACAGGAGCAGAGGAUAGUCAACAAGUAACAGAGGCAGAGGAUAGUCAACAAGUAACAGGAGCAGAGGAUAGUCAACAAGUAACAGGGGCAGAGGAUAGUCAACAAGUAACAGGAGCAGAGGAUAGUCAACAUUUAACUGGAGCAGAGGAUAGUCAACAAGUAACAGAGGCAGAGGAUAGUCAACAAGUAACAGGAGCAGAGGAUAGUCAACAAGUAACAGGGGCAGAGGAUAGUCAACAAGUAACAGGGGCAGAGGAUAGUCAACAAGUAACAGGAGCAGAGGAUAGUCAACAUUUAACUGGAGCAGAGGAUAGUCAACAAGUAACAGGGGCAGAGGAUAGUCAACAAGUAACAGGAGCAGAGGAUAGUCAACAAGUAACAGGGGCAGAGGAUAGUCAACAAGUAACAGGAGCAGAGGAUAGUCAACAAGUAACAGAGGCAGAGGAUAGUCAACAAGUAACAGGGGCAGAGGAUAGUCAACAAGUAACAGGGGCAGAGGAUAGUCAACAAGUAACAGGGACAGAGGAUAGUCAACAAGUAACAGGGGCAGAUGAUAACAUUAGUCAACACAAACAAACAUCAGACAGCUACACGUCAAUCUAA